AUGUCCUACACCCAUCCAGCACCACCGGCACCCGGCUUGGACUCCUCGACCCCGCCGCCACCACCACCACCGCCACCGCCACCACCACCCAAACCACUGGCCACAUCCACUCCCGGCAGGUACUCGCAGCCGCCUCCGCCGCCUCCCGGCCAAGCAUAUCACGAGCCUUUGGAGCUGGAUGCGACUCAGGAGUAUGGCCAGCAGCAGCAUCAUCAUCAUCAUCACGCGCAGACACAACCAUCCAUUCCGGCAGUAGAGAGCAAUUGGCUGCCAGAGAGUCUCAAAGACAAGAGCACGCAGGACUUGCAUCACUUUCUGUCCACUCCAGCGUUGCAACAAGCAUUCUUGUCGAGCCCUACAACCACACAUCCCGCUGUUUGUGCAUCGGAAGACUACUUGACGCCCAUCAUCAACUCCAAUCUACAGCUUUCCAACAACGUCCUUGCGCUCGAGCAAAAGCUUAGUACCCUACGAUCUCAGACGCAACAACGCUUGUUAGCUCUUCGAGCUUUGGAGCAGGCACAUCGUCAGAAGAUCGCCGAGACUGAGGAUGCUUUAAAGGACUUUUCGCCAAUGGCACUGUACCAGAGGCUGAAUGCUAGCGUGCAAGAGCAGGAUCUAUUGGUGAGAGGCGUGGAGGAAAGCUGGCUGGAAGAGGAUGGCGUUGCGAGCGAUCGCGAGGUUGCAGACUUUGUGCGGGGUGUCAAGGAGAGGAGAAAAACUGCCUUCUUGAGGAGAGAAAGGAAAGGCCGGUGGGAUGAAGGGAGAGUUGGCGGAUGGCGCUGA